GCGAGCCGCGGCGGCGGCGUCCAGGAGCAGGAGGACUCAGUGCUUUUCCGUCGUGGCACAGGCCAGAGUGAUGAUUCCGAUAUUUGGGACGAUACAGCAUUGAUAAAAGCUUAUGAUAAAGCUGUGGCUUCAUUUAAGCAUGCUCUAAAGAAUGGUGACAUUUGUGAAACGUCAGAUAAACCAAAAGGCAUGCCUAAAAGAAAACCUGCUAAGAAGAAUAAAUGCCAGAAGAAGAAUACCACAACUCCCUUGAAAAAGUGGAAAGUUGGUGACAAAUGUUCUGCUGUUUGGUCAGAAGAUGGCUGCAUUUACCCAGCUACCAUUGCUUCAAUUGAUUUUAAAAGAGAAACCUGUGUUGUAGUUUAUACCGGAUAUGGAAAUAAAGAGGAACAAAAUCUGUCUGAUCUACUCUCACCAGUCUCUGAAGUAGUUAAUAAUAUACAGCAGAAUGCUCAAGAGAAUGAAAAUGAAAGUCAAGUUUCAACAGAUGAAAGUGAGAACUCCUCCACAUCUCCUGGAAACAAACCAAGUAACACCAAGUCAAAAGCUACUCCAUGGAAUUCUUUUCUCCCUCCACCACCCCCUAUGCCAGGGUCAGGACUGGGACCAGGAAAGCCAGGUCUAAAAUUCAGUGGUCCACCACCACCACCUCCUCCUCCUCCCAACUUCCUGUCAUGUUGGCUGCCUCCAUUUCCUUCUGGACCACCAAUAAUUCCCCCACCACCUCCCAUAUGUCCAGAUUCCCUUGAUGAUUCCGAUGCUUUGGGAAGUAUGUUAAUAUCUUGGUACAUGAGUGGCUAUCAUACUGGCUAUUAUAUGGGUUUCAAACAAAAUCAAAAAGAAGGAAGGUGUUCACAUUUCAGUUAAGGAGUAAGUCUGCCUUCACUAUGAAAUUGAAUCUCAUUUUUGUAUAAAUUUUAUGAUUUGUGGAGAACAGAUGUUUUUGAACAUUUAAUAAAUGAAAUGUUAAAAAGUUGAAAAGUUAAUACAAACCAUAUUAAAGACUGUUAAAGAGGCCAAAACUGUUAGAUAAAAGAUCUGCUUCCCUACUAGAAUUCUUGCUGGUUGGCUGUGUGAAUAAAAAACAUUUUUAUAAUAGAUUCUUAGGAUCUGAUUUCACUCUGCAUCACUAGUAUUCACAGACAGCCAUGUGUACUUUUUGUUUUAUGAUGCAGUAUGAAGUACUGUGUUCAGAUAAAAAAAGUUUACCUGGAAUUUAGUCAGUUUAGGUUUAAUUCCCUAUUUGCAAGAUGUGCUGGAUGGAGAUAGAGCAACAAGUUAAAUGACACCACUAAAGGAACAAUCAGGUCCCAAAUGUGGAAUGUUGUAGAUGAUAACUAGCCUUAUUUCUUCAAAAUAUCAGUGUCAGGGGGAAAAACAGGAUGGGUGUAACUAUUCUAGAUUAAAAGUUACUUGACAGAUAUAAUAGCCAAAUGCAAUGAGUGAUUCUUGAUUGGAUCCUGGUUUGAAAAGCUAUUUGUAGAAGAAGGGGGGGCAUUAAGGAAAUUGUGGACAAGAUUUUAAACAGACAAUUUUUCUAAUUAUAUGAGCUGUGAUAAAGGUAUUGUAGUUUAUAGGGAAAAUGUGAUAUAAUUUGCAUUUGGGAGUGAAAUAAAACCAUUUUAAAAUUUGUGAGUGAA